AUGUUGGCUAGAGGGUCUCCUCCAAGAUCAAAACGACAGCGAAGUAGGCUGGAGGGUGGAGGCCGUCUCAUUGCCACCAGUGCCACUACUACACUACUACGGAGGCCAUGUUAUGAGGGAAUUGGAUGGAACAUCACAUACUUGGUCACUGGGGGCCUGUACGAUGAGUCCAAGUUCAGAUCUCAAGUCGAUUUCCGAUCACUUGCAGAAGUCGCAGACAGAGUAGUGUUUGGAAGGAGACACAUGAAACUCGCCGUUGAAACAAGUAAACAACCUCACCCUCAGCAUAACCAACCCCGUGGCCACUUUAUCCAACAAUCAUUGGACGUUCAUCACGAACACUCCCUACCCCUAAACUACCUGGCCUUGCCAUCCACCGGGCCUUGCCAUCUACCGCGCGCCAAAUAUGGCAGUUCGUUCCCCUACGACUUCCGAGAUCGGAUGUCCUACACUACACUACACAGUCCAUCCAGGCACAAAUCUCACACAUGGUGCAGUGGUCCAAUGCUAGAACGGGCAAACACAUUUUUGGAGUCACUGUCCCGAGACGAUGAGGCUCUUCCGCCGCAUGCGCCGCAGGCUGGGGCCCGCCCAACCCGCCAACGACGGACUAUCCCGCUCGGCGAUGGCGUUUUUUGA